CACAAGUUGAGGAUAAAGUAAUACUACAAGGCCAAUACAAAACAAUAAUGAUGGAUUGUAAUGAGCCACCUGACAAAAAUCUCAUCAUUCAAAGUACUAUAUUAAUCCCCCCACCCCAAUCUCUUCUUCUUCAAUACCACCACCUCACAUCUCUUCUCUCUCUGUAUCAUCUUCUUGAUAAUUUCUUUCUCUACUCAUAAAGAUCAAACCUUUUUGUUGUGUUCUUGAUGAUGAUGGGAAAAGAAGAUCUGGGUUUAAGCCUAAGCUUAGGGUUUUCACAGAAUCACAAUCCUCUUCAGCUGAAUCUGACUCCUCCUAACUCUUCCUUAUCAAUCAAUCUCCAGAGGUUUCCAUGGAACCAAUCAUUCGAUCCUACAUCAGAUCUACGGAAAAUAGAUGUGAAUAGUUUCCCAUCGACGGCGAACUGCGAGGAAGAAACAGGAGUCUCGUCUCCAAACAGUACGAUCUCGAGCACCAUAAGUGGGAAGAGGUGUGAGAGAGAGGAUAUCUCCGGGGCCGAUCACGACGAUAUCACUCCAGAUCGAGGGUAUUCGCGAGGAACCUCCGACGAAGACGAUGACGGCGGCGAGACGUCGAGGAAGAAGCUCAGGUUAUCGAAAGAUCAGUCUGCUUUUCUCGAAGAGACUUUCAAAGAACACAACACUCUCAAUCCCAAACAGAAGCUAGCUUUGGCUAAGAAGCUGAACUUGACGGCGAGACAAGUGGAAGUGUGGUUCCAGAACAGAAGAGCUAGAACCAAGUUGAAGCAAACGGAGGUAGACUGCGAGUACUUGAAACGGUGCGUAGAGAAGCUGACGGAAGAGAACCGGAGACUUCAGAAAGAGGCUAUGGAGCUUCGAACUCUCAAGCUGUCUCCACAGUUCUACGGCCAGAUGACUCCACCAACUACUCUCAUCAUGUGUCCUUCGUGCGAGCGUGUGGCUGGCCCAUCAUCAUCGAACCACCAGCACAAUCACAGGCCCGUUUCUAUCAAUCCGUGGGUUGCUUGUGCUGGUCAGGUGGCUCAUGGGCUGAAUUUUGAAGCCUUGCGUCCACGAUCGUGAUUUUUAUUUUUUUAUUUUUAGUAGGAAAAGGGUGUUUUCGUAUUUUCCGUUAUUGAUAUGGUCAUUGUAAUUUUGGAUGAUUGGCCUUCUCAUGAACUAGUCUUAUCAUGUAUGAUGCAACCUCAAAAAGAUAUUUUAACUAGCAAAAAUUAGCUACA